GUUGCGUCGAAACUUUCGAGGACGCAGAGCGUGUGUCGAACUGCUGCUCGCCAGCCCGGUCACGUUGUUGACGAUAUCGUUUUUGUUUGGACUGUAGAUAUGAAGUAAACGUACGUGUUAGUUUUGGUUCAGUUUUUUAUAUUUUUUGACGAUGGACUUUCAAAGUGCUAUGGAAACGUUUGCAGAGGCUUGGGUGGCUGCUAACACUAAAGGGGCACCUCUUACGGAAGUUGCUACACAGAGUCAAGCUCUAGCUCUCACUAGAAAUUGUAAAACUCCUCCGCCUACGCCUACUGCUAGUACUAAUGAAAGAACAAGUCGUGAUUCAGCUGAAAGGGAUCUUACACCGAAUGCUGCAAGGUCAUCUACUCCUCUGGAGCAUAACGGAUCACCACCAUCAAUUAAGGAAGACUUUGACAAUGCCAAGAGUUCAUCUGCCAAGUCCUUGCCAGUCCACUGCAUAGUAGAAGCAAUAUGUUCGCUGGAGGAGAGUCGUUCAUUACAACAUGGCGUAUGGAGACGUCGUCCAAUGAUAGAAAUAGAUACAUACGUAAUUAUUCCUGUUGGGACACCUUUCCACAAUUUAGUUCAAGCUGCCCUUUUUCGUCUUGGGUACUCCACAGAAAGCGCGGCUGCAGCUAAGGGAUCUGUAUUGAUAAAAAAUUGGAAAGCAUUAAGCUUUGAUCAAAUAUCUGACGAUCCUCUCAUUACCGUUGGAGAUAUAUUAGGAGAACUCGCGACAGUGGCCACAUUGAGGAUACAGGUAUUCAGAGGCAGGCCGGGAGUUCUUUGUGAAAUUAAAGACAAGCUUCUGAGGUUUUUGUUAUUACAAUCACAUGGUUUACUACUCUCCUCUGGAUGUCCUUUAGAUGAGAUACUCCUAUCUCAGCUAUGCAGAUCAACAAAUUCAUCAGCAGGUCCUCUUCCAGAAAUUUCAGAGGAAAAUCGGCGGAAGUUUGAUCAGUGGUGGACGAGUCAGGUAAACCCCCAAGCACCAGCUGUGCGAUCACAGUUCGUACCGUCUUAUCCCAAUCAAUACUCGGUUCCACCUCAACCUGCAACUCCUAUGGAACGAACGAUAAGUGAAACUCAUCCGGCUAUGCAAACAGUACACAGCCAAUUUCCUACACAAAAAACUAGAAUGAGAACAAGUUUUGAUCCUGAAUUGGAACUGCCUAAAUUGCAACGAUGGUUCACAGAAAAUCAGCAUCCGAGUCGGCAACAGAUUCAACAAUAUGUAAAGGAGUUAAACAGUUUGGAAUCUCGAAGGGGUAGAAAACCUUUAGAUAUAAAUAACGUUGUCUAUUGGUUCAAAAAUGCUAGAGCAGCCCAAAAAAGAGCUGAAAUAAGAAACGUGUCUACUCCAAACUUACAAUGUCAUUUAGGGGUGAAUGGUUAUAGUAAUCAUAGUCCGACGAAUGGGGGUUUCCUGCUAGCAGAAAAUUAUUUAAAUUCAGAUCGACUAGCAGAACAUAGAAUAAAGAAUAGCCUUGCUAGAAGACAGUUACCAAAUUCUCACACUUCUGAUGAAUUUUCUAACGCUGGUAGUGACAUGGAAGAUGAAGAAAUGACAGAGGGACCACCGUCUAGUCCUACAGGACCUCUUUCGCUGACUAUUCGGAAAGAUUCGAGAGAAACUAGUCCUAGAUCUUCCACGCCGCCUCCACCUCCCGAUAUACAAAUUGAAAAUUGUAAAGAAGAACCGAAAGAUGAACCACCAUUCAACUCCGUUGUACACGUCAACAACAAAACACCACUUUCAGACGUUGAAGAUGAAGAUAUCGAAUCCCAACCAUCUCCUGCUCUAAAUCGGCAGCUCUCGCAACGAUUCUGUACCACUCCGCCUGCGAAUGUGGAUCAUCCGCUCGCCGUUCCCCGAACUGUAGAAGGUAUCGAUAGAUUAGCGGGAUUCCCAGUCUUGCCAAAUUCAAUGUUUAGCCAUAGUAUUAUGUAUAUGAGUCAUUAUAUGCCUGGAUUAUCCCAUCCGGCGACUUCCCCGCCAAGUUCAUCCCUCGCUUUGGCCAGCUUAACCGCCGAAGAACGGAGAAAAAGGAAUCGCACGUUUAUAGAUCCCGUCACCGAAGUUCCGAGGUUAGAACAAUGGUUUUCACUCAAUACGCAUCCCUCACAUAAUUUAAUUCUCAAAUAUACCGACGAAUUAAAUUGUAUGGCGUAUAGACAGAAGUUUCCUAGACUAGAACCAAAAAAUGUUCAAUUUUGGUUUAAAAAUAGAAGGGCCAAGUGCAAACGGCUUAAAAUGUCUUUAUUUGAUAAUCAAACGGGUACAUAUCACAACGAACGAGAUUGAAACACAUAAUUUCUGUGGAUUAUAUUUGAUCAAAUUAGAUCAAAUUUUUUGAAAAAGCUGAAAGUUGUACCUGUGUUACUAAUUAUGUAAUAGGUAAUAUUGUCUACAACCAAUUUACUGAGAACUGUCGUUUAUAUGAAAACACUGUUCAAGGGGCUAAUUUUAUCUAAUUUUAUUAGAAUAUUGAACUCAUUUUAUUAUAAAAUGUUUAUUGAUUUAACAUAUUCUAAAAAAAUUUUGAGUGGGGAUUUAUAUUCUAUAAAAGCGAGUUUUUAAUAAUAUUCAUAGUUAUAUGCCAAAUUGUUUUCCGUCACGUUAUUUAACCGAGAAAAAUUAAAAGCUUAAACUUUUUUGAAAAUAUACAGAAAUUCAUAAAAUACAUUUAAUGCGUAUUUCUCAUUAUUCAAUAUAAUUCUAAAAAUUUCAUGUAUUCGAUUCUAUCAUAUGAAUUUGUUGUUUUAAUUAUUAUUAUUUAAAAAAACAGUUGGAACCAGUUCAGUACCUAAAACGUGCUCUUUUCUAAAAAUAAUAAAAAUUCUAGUUGAUUGGUGAAAAGCAGGAAGUAUAUCUGAUUAUAAAUUGCUCUAUAGAGAACAAAAAUUAUAGAAAAAAUGAAUGGAAAUAAUAAUAAAAUAAAAUUAUGAUAAAUUGAAUAUUAAUGCAAUUGUUUUUGUAGAGAAUGAAACAAAAUUGUUUUAAAAUUAAUUAAUUUAAUAAUCAACUAUAAUCUAUUGGGAAAAUGUAUAAAAAUCAAUAAUAAAAUGUAUAUAACUACAUAUACAUCUUACAUUGAUUAUAUAAAAACUAUUUUUCUUGCUAUAUGCAAUACUGGGGGGACCCACUGAUUACAGCUCAUCCAUUAAUCCCAUUCCUUUCUAUUGUUUUGUAGCUGAUACCACUUUCUCAUGAAUAUGUUUGUGCUUUUUCAAAAAGUAGUUCCUACUUUUUUUUCUAUAAUGAAAUUAUUCCAUUUAUAAGUUGUUAUAAUUGAAAAUGCCAGCAGCAACUCUAAACUUUAAUCAGAAACGUUUUUCAACAUUAAAAUUUAGGGUUUUAGCAUUUUCUAAUGUCAAACAUUACGUAUCGUCUUUCAUAAGCCUGCUUUUCUUCUAUGAAUAUAAAAUCUCACUCUUUUUAUAUUUCCUCAAUAGGAUCCUAAAUAUUAAAUCCAUUUCAUCUAUUUAUGCAAAUAUUUUUUCAAUAAUGAAGUUUUUUUCAAAAUUACUUAUGUUAUAUAGUAAAAAUUUUUUUAUAGUCAAUUUUCCCAUUUAUAUUUGAUGUAUUUUCGGAAAUAUUAUAUUGAAGUUUUUGGUCUAUUAUUUCAAAUAAUAAUAAUAAAUGAGUCCUGAUGGGUAUUGGGAAAUAAUUCAUGAUCAGUGUUUGAAUAUUUUCGAAAUAUUCGUAUUUUUUCAAUUGUGAGAAAUUCUGAUUAAUGUUGAGACAAUAAAAUUACGUGCCAAUAGGUACUUUAAAUAGUUAUUGUUUUAUUUUCAAAAUGAAUGUUAUAGAUUUCGUCAGUAUUUUGAUUUGAAUGGUUAAUUUUUAUUUUAAUAACAAAAGUGAUAAGAAAUUACCAAACUUUAUUGUAUAAAUAAUGAAAUAAUUAUGGCAAAAGGUAGACAACCAUAAUUUCACCGUAGGUAAAUGCAAGCUUGUUCGAAAAGUGUACGAUUUCUAAAAUACCAGACUUGUUAAUUCGAAAAAACCUUAAUAGAAUAAUAAUACUAUACUCGUUUUUUUUUAUUGACAAUAUCUAUUGUUUUAACUAUUAUAUUUUUUAAACAAAAAAUUAUAAGCAAUAUAAUCAUUCCAUUCCAUACCAAUUCAUCCAUUGGUAAAAUAUACCAAUGGAUGAAUUGUUUAUCAUGUUUAGGAAUUUAUAUAUUAUAUUUUUUGUUAAAAAUAUUGAAUAAAUGUUGUCCCUUACUUUACAUUUUUUGAAACAUGCUUGCUCGUGUUCUAUAUAUUAUACUGUAGUAGUUGAAAAUAUUAGAAAUCUCUUCCAACAUUUAUAUUUUAUUUUUAUUUUACCAAAGAUUGUUAUAUAGGAUUAAAAAAUACGAAUCAAAUCUGCAGUCAUUGUACAGAGUGAGGCAGAUGCUUCAUUUGGAUGGAUCCAAAUAAUACAUUUAUAUGAAACCUGAAUAUUUGCAAAGAGGCAUUUUGAAUAUAGAAAUAUAUACAGGGUCACAAAAAGGUUUUAGGAUAAAAUUUGAAAAUAAUCAUGACUCUUAUUUAUAAAAAUUACUUUGGUAUUCAUAUUGUCAUUAAAGAUUUUACUGUUCAAAAUCCCUCUAUACAAAAUUUCCGUUGCAUCUAUAUGUAUGUUUUUGAAAAUUUAUUAUCAGUAAACUCCAGGAUCAAUAUACUAAAAAUGUAUUAUUCUACAUAUUUAAUAGUUGAUGUGUAUGUUGUAGUUAAAAAAAAUGCAAUGUCUUUGUGAAACGAAUUUUAAAAUUUUUGUUAUAUCUUAUGUUACAUAUUUAUAUAACUCUGUAUGUAUGUAAAUAAACUAUUACAAAAUU